CGGUGAUGGAUAGGCGGGGCGUAUCAGGCCGAACAAGAUGGCGGCGCCCGGAGCCGGGAAGGUAGCGGCGGCCGCCGCGAGGGCAGCUGUCAAGCCGAUCUUCAGCCGGGACUUGGCGGAGGCCAAACGGCGCGUGCGAGAACUGUAUAGGGCUUGGUACCGAGAAAUACCAAACGCUGUGCAUCUAUACCAGCUGGACAUCUCAGUGAAACAGGGCCGGGAUAAGGUGCGAGAGUUGUUCAUGAAGAAUGCCCAUGCCACAGACCCUCGAGUUAUUGAUAUGCUCGUUAUUAAGGGGAAAAUGGAACUCCAAGAGACUAUUCACGUAUGGAAACAACGGACCCAUUUAAUGAGGUAUUUUCAUGAGACAGAAUUGCCACGACCCAAGGACUUCCUGUCCAAGUUCUAUGCAGGCCAUGACCCAUGAACUAAAUGAACUUUGUGGAGUUGUGAUACUGUAUGUUCGUCUGCUUCUAUUCCAAAUAAAGCCCUGUAUAUUGAA